GGCGAGCGAGGCCUGGUGGAGGGAAGCGGCGUGCGUUUACUCUCAGUGAUCGGAGAAGAGCUGGUUGGGGCAGCCGCAUCAGCGCCUCCCUCUCUCAAUCAAUAGACACGCUAGCGUUGAACGUGCCACCUACCCCAAGUGGCAGAGUGGUUUGGAUCAGUGAGGCCAGCUCGCACGCUGAGCUACAAAUCCGGCACACUGUUACGGAUAUUCCAGUCCUGGAAAACAGGUUCAAUUGGAAAGAGACUUUUCCGCAGUUUGUGAAGGAGUGCUUAUUUUGGGAUUCCCAUUAUUAAUAUUACUUGUUUGCCUCUGUCCGGCACGCUGUGGGGGUUGCCCCAUCUGCCUAGGGUGUCAUCGACAAAUUGUGCACUUAUAAGUUCCUGGGACCGUUAUGCCAAUGGAUAAUGUUUGCUAUCAUCCGAAGAGAUUCCCGGGGAGGCUACAUUUUAUUAGCGGCUCAAGUUUCGACGGGAGUGCGUUAACUGGCUUAUCCGAACAAAGCCGAGAGUGAUGUGCAAUUGGAAUAUUACGAAGUUUGUCGGAGUGGUUAUUAAGACAGAGCAGUGAUUGUCUGUCCGAGUGGCUAAUGAGCCCCCUUGCUGGAGGAGGUAGUAUAGUGACCAUAGGAACGGACAAGGGACGGGGAGGGAGAACCAUACAACCCACGGACACUUUCAGGGGGGCACUGACAACACGUCCCGCGGAGAGUGGGCAGCGUGCAUUGACGAUGUCCGAUCUGACGGUGGAAAACUUGACCAACGUGUCCAGCACGUGGUCAGCAUCGCCAGACCAGGUGAAUGAAGGGAACGAAUCUCUGGAGACAUUGAUACUUGUCAUCAAGUGCAUCAUCAUGGUUGCGAUAAUGGUUGGUGCCGUCUUUGGGAACGUUUUGGUGAUUUCAAGCGUCAUCAAGUUUGAAAGAUUACGAGCAAUCACAAACUAUUUUAUCGUGUCAUUAGCCUUUGCUGAUCUGCUGGUAGCGAUCCUCGUCAUGCCAUUCAGCGCGAGUAUGGAACUCAGUGGUAAGUGGGUUUUGGGGCGGACAAUGUGCGACAUCUUCAACGGCAAUGACGUCCUCUUCAGCACGGCGUCAAUCCUUCAUCUGUGCUGCAUUAGUAUGGACCGUUACAUUGCUAUCAUCCAUCCACUUCAGUACGAGAAUAAAAUGACUAGACAUCGUGUGGCGGCGAUGUUAACUAUAACCUGGGUUGCAUCAAUCCUUAUUUCAUGUAUACCAGUUCAUUCACAACUUUAUACGACUGUUGAGAACUACGAGAAGUUGGAGCACGACCAUGAGACGUGCACCUUCAUUGUGAACAAGGUUUAUGCCGGAGUUUCAUCGUGUGUCUCCUUCUGGAUCCCUUGUUUUAUAAUGGUGUUCGUUUACGCCAAAAUCUACAUGGAGGCGAGAAAACAGGAAAAGUUCAUUCAAUCAACUGCAAUGUACAUGCAGUAUAGUGAUGCACGUGAUUGUCAUAGCAACGGCACGCUCCGAGGGGGUGCGGACGGCGUACCCCGUCUUGAAAGAAAGAGAAUGAAACGAGAACACAAAGCGGCGAAAACCCUCGGGGUGAUAAUGGGGGCUUUUAUUCUCUGCUUUCUCCCCUUCUUUUCGUGGUAUGUUAUUACAACAAUGUGUGACGAGAGCUGCCCAUAUCCCCCAGUGAUUGGGUCAAUGCUGUUCUGGAUUGGCUAUUUCAACUCCUGCCUCAAUCCUAUAUUAUACGCUUACUUCAACAGGGACUUCCGCACUGCAUUUAAGAAACUGCUAAGAAUCGAAAGCAUGAUUCCAUGUGAUGGCUCCGACCCAACAACCCAAGCACUUAACACAGCAUACACGGACAUGAAGAAAAAUUCUGGAGCCGACAUUCGAAUGUCCACAAGCUCCGCGGGACGGAUCUCUUGACAUGGUCAUUCUGAUACAUGGGUAAACUGUGAACAUUUUCACGAGGACCUAUCAUACGGUGCGUGUUAAAUUUUGCCACAAACAGACCUGUGAUAUUAAAAUUCUUUGCUUUUCA